GUAUAUUGCACUUAUCUUUUUUCAAAACACAAGUGGUUUCUUUGGAAUACCUAAGAGAUGGCUCAAACAGUAAAUCUUAUUGGACAGGUAGAGAUAACUUCAGGUGGAGAUGUGUUGCAUGAUCUUUUGAGGUUCAAACCAAAUGAUAUUCCUCCCAUGUGCUCUAAUAAGAUGUAUCGCUGUGACUUGCUUAGUGGUCAAAGAGGUGAUGUUGGAUCCACCAUUUGCUGGAACUUUACCAAUGAUGGGAAACCGCAAGCUUCAAAACAAAUAAUUGAAGCAGUAGACGAGAAAAACCACAAAAUCGUGUUCAAGGUAAUUGGAGGAGAAUUAGUUGAGAUAUACAAGACCUUCACAAUAAUAUUUCAUGUUGAAGAAAAAGGUGGUAAAAAAUUUGCCAUUUACACCUAUGCGUUUGAGAAGCCAGAUGAAGAUGUACCCUAUCCAACUUCGCUGAUGGACUUUAUGACUACUAUUCUCAAAGAGAUGGACGAGAAUGCCAGCCGUAAAUAGACCCCUAAGUCCUUAAGCAUAUGAAGGAAUGUACGCAGUUACACAUGUGUGCCUUUAGCUAAUAAAAAUAUGAAGUAUUUAAUAAAUAAAAGUUUGGCAUGGAUGGCUGCUUCUCGCAUGUUAAUUUGUUGUAUUCGAGGCUUGAAACUACUCUAAUGAUAUCAUAUUCAUGUACUAGUUCA